GCCACAAGAAGCCACCCAGCUGCUCAGUGCCUCUGGCCAAAGCCUUCCUCUGAAGAAGCCCUGCUUGAGCCGAAUACAGAGGGAGCCAAGAGGGACGUGAUGCUGCCUGUGACUCAUGUGCUGGCCUUCGGUGAGUGCCAGAGGCUGUGGGAGUUCCUAGAGGGCGACAGGAGGUGUCCAGACACUCCACAGAGAUGUUACACAGCUGCUUCUCUUGCAGGCGCUUGGCUGGUGGCACAGAGCGAGGCUACACUGAGUGCCCCCACAAUCUCCAUCUUCCUGAAGCCACCUGGGGUGAUCCCACUAGGAGGCUCCACCACCAUCUGCUGCAUUUGCCAGCACAGCUCUGGGAGCUUCGUGCUGUACAAGGGCAGCCACCGGCUCCAUACCCAGAGUGGCAGCAGGGCUGAGUUCUCCAUCUCUAACGCCACCUCCCAGGACAGCGGUACCUACAACUGCCAUUACCUGCAGGGAAGCACUGUGCUGGCUCGAAGUGAUGAACUGGAGGUCUUUGUGGAAGAGCUCCAUCUCCCCAGACCCCACCUCUCUGUCCUGCCUGGCCACGAGGUGAUUGCAGGAGCUGAUGUGAUGUUCCGCUGCAGCUCCACACACCCCAGCACCAGCUGUUACCUGUACCUGGAGGGGCAGAUCCGAGCCCAGCUACUGUCAAGGGAACGAGGUGACUACAACCUCUCCCACGUGCAGAACGGUGACAGCGGCCGCUACAGCUGCCAGUGCUACACCAUCAAUGCUUCCAGAGAAUGGUCUGCUGUCAGCAACACCCUGGACUUGGUGGUGAGAGAUUACACGCUGUGCAACGCCGUGCGCCUGGCGCUGGCGGCCGCGCUCCUGCUCCUGAUGCUGCUGAUGCUGCUGGGGCCGCUCACGGUGGGGGCGGCACGGAGCCACUGCUGGAGGAGCCGCUGCUGAAAGAACCACAGCUGGAGGAGCCACAGCUGGAGGAGCCACAGCUGGAGGAACCACAGCUGGAGGAGCCACAGCUGGAGGAACCGCCCGCUCCCCGCAGGCAGCGCUGCCCCGCCGGGCACCACCCCGGGCAGGCCCUGCCAGCAGCUCCAGCUGCGAUAAAUAAAGCGGCCCUGGCACCAUCCCC